CGUCCGUCCGUACGCUGCAGCUGUGUUUUGGCAAAACUGCCAAACUUUAGAACUUCUAAACUUCUAAAAAAACAUUAAUAAACAACAAAUGAAAGUGUUGCAGUUUCAGUGAAGAUAAAGAAAGUAUCACAGAACUAAGUAAAAAAUGGCAUCCAUGACUAAAGUCUUGUUGCUCAGAGCACCAAAGGAAGGUAGUGACCAAGAUCCUUACAAGGAGUUGUUCGCAGAGAGUGGUCUUGACGAGACCUCAUUCUCACCUCUCAGCUUUGAUUUUUUCAAUCUAGAAAAGCUGUACUCCCAUCUAAUAAAGCCCAAUGACUACGCUGGCCUUGUUUUCACCAGUGCAAGAACCGUCCAAGCUGUUCACAAUUGCCUCCAAGAAUUCUCUACCAUCCAAGAAUGGAAAGAGGGCUUACAGAAGGACUGGGCAACUCUACCGUCAUACUCAGUGGGGACCUCGACUGCCUACGCAGUGAGGGACUUGGGCCUGGUACCACUAGGGGAAGAGUCAGGCAGUGCAACUAAUCUCGUCAAGGUCAUUAAAGAAGGGAUAUCUCUUGGUUGUAAGCCGCUUCUCAUUCCACGAGGGGAGAUGGCGCGAGAGGAGCUCACCCAAGGCCUACAGGCGGCAGGUAUAUGCUUUGAGGUUGAUGUAGUUUAUCAAACAAUAUGUAAUCCAUCUUUGGAAGAAAGUAUAACCAAGUAUUUUGAGGCAGGUGAGCCUGAUGUUAUCGUUUUCUUCAGUCCAUCAGGAGUCCAAUUUUCAGCUGACAUUUUGAAGAAGGUACGCCUCGGCAAUUUGAAAUUUGUAUCCAUCGGUCCAACCACAACAUCAGCCAUGGUGGAGCACGGAUAUAAAGUGGCAGCUACUUCAGCUAAACCUAACGCACAGACAUUACUGAAAACCAUCUUGGAUAUUACUGAUAAGGUGUCCUGAACUCACCAUGCUAGGAAUCAAAUACAAGGUAUUCUGAGCUUACCAUCUUAGGAAUAAAAGACGGUCUUCGACUUUACUUUAUUUUGAUAUAUAUAUUUUUGUAAUGAGAGAUUGCCUUGCAUCUCAACGCUGGGCGGCCACUUCAAGGUGGGGCUACACUUCACUGAUUUAUGCUAUUGACCCUUGCCACCUACUCCUUGGGCUUGAACAGGGUUGCUUCCUUCACAGUCUGUAAUGAUCUAGGCAUGGGUAUCAUCCACUAGGAGCCUAGCUGAUUGAGCAGAAUGUACUAUCCAUUCUUGUACACUAUCGAGCCAAGCCUAACUACCAGCUAUUCUCCAAGGCAGAAUCUAGCAACAGAGUCCAACAUUCUCCUGAAGACACUCAGAGCAUCUGAUCGAAACUUUGAGUUGUCAACCACCAGUUCUUUUCAAGUGGAUCAUCGUUACAACCUCUUUCUCAUAUUAGGUCUGUAGCCAGCCUCUUUCUGUUCUAUAAACUGCUUCUAUGGUAGAUGUUUAACCAGGUUGGCUCCUACCAUAGAAAGCAAAUAGAGAAUUUAUAAUUUGUUCACUAUUUUCGAUACUUUUUUAUAAUAGAUUUAAUACCCAAUAUAUUAUGAAACAUUUUGUGUUUGUCAACUCAGUAUAAAGGUGAAAAGGGUUAUGUGGUAUAUCAAAAUAUAUUGUUCAGCAAUAUUUUAUUAAGUCUUGCCUCAGGUUUGUGGACAUAAAAACUAAAUGAUUGAUUUUGUUUUGUGGAUAUUUAUAGGGCUGUGGUUGUGGUGGAGGUUGGGUUGAGGUUAGGGUAAAAAAAAUCUGCAGUAGUUCUCUACAAUAUUUUGAUCUGAAAUAAUUUAACUUUAUAAUGAAGGUGGUUGAACAUUUAUUGUGUUUAUAUUUUGUAACUAUGUUUCAAAAUAAAUCAGUUAUACAUUACUUUUUUUAAA